UAGGACAAGUAGUUUUAUCUGGUUAAAAAUAAAAUGGUGGAAUUGCACCUUUAAAUUCAGCAAAAGUAAACACAAAAGAGGAGAACAAUGAACGUUUGUUAUCCACAAUUGAUAUUAGAAGCCACAAAGCGGAUUAAACCACACAUAUGGAAGACGCCUCUUAUUUAUUCAUCUUAUUUAAGUGAUACUGUUAAAAAGACAAACGUGUACAUCAAACUAGAAAGCGAACAGCUGACUGGUUCAUUCAAGGUUCGUGGCGCAUUUAACAAACUUUUACAACUUUUGGAGACUAAUCCUGAGAUAAGAAAGACCGGAGUAUAUACUGCAUCAUCUGGAAAUCAUGGUUUAGCAUGUUUACAAGCGUCAAAGGUUUUAGACGUUCCUCUGACUAUAUAUUGUCAAGAAGGGGUUGAUCCUGGCAAGAAGGAUUUUCUAUUACACGAAGGAGCCAGAUUGGUCUUGCAUGGUCAUGAUUGUGUAGAAGCAGAACUCAAGGCAAGGUCAGAUGCUGAGACUCAUGGUACAACUUACGUAUCUCCGUACAAUGACCCUACAGUAGUAGCAGGGCAAGGAAGUAUAAGCGUAGAAAUUUUCGAACAGCUGCCUGAGGUUGACGCCGUUUUAGUUCCAGUCGGAGGAGGUGGGCUGAUUGCUGGAAUAGCCAGAUAUAUAAAACAAGUUAAACCCUCUACGAAAGUGUAUGGUUGUCAGCCGAAAAAUUCAAAGGUAAUGUUCGAGUCCGUGAAAGCCAACAAAGUAAUAUUUGAGGAAUCUUUUCCAACAUUAUCAGACGCUACAGCGGGCGGAUUAGAAGAAUCGACGGUAACAUUUGAGUUAUGUCGAGAUUUUGUAGAUGAAUGGAUAAUGGUUGAAGAAGAUGAUAUAGCUAAAGCUAUGAUGCUUAUGGUAGAAAAACACCACAAGAUUGUGGAAGGUGCGGCAGGAGUAUCCAUCGGAGCUUAUAUGACAAAUAUGGAAAAGUUUUCUGGACAAAAUGUUGUCAUCAUUUCAUGUGGGGGGAAUUUAAGUCUUUCCAUCUUGAAUGAUAUUGUAUCUAAAUAUAAAAGUAAAUAAAAGAUUAGAUUUUA